CGAUCUUUAGCGAGCACGUUUGUUGUUGUUUCCUAUGCGGUGUGUUCAUUUUUCUGUUUUAGCAGUAAAAAAUUUUGAAAAUUUUAUAAAAAUAAGUAUCAAACAUGGGUAAAUUUCGUUCCAAACUGAAGAAAAAGGUUGGUGGAAAACGGUGGGCCCGAGGACAGGCUUCAAACUCGAAUCCUGAAACGAACAAGCAUCGUGCCAAAGCGAAGAGUCGCUUUUUUCAAGCGAACCUCAGUCUUGCUCCGACUAGUAGUGGACAACAAGAUCCUUCAGCAGCCAGUCAGCUAACCUUAGAAGCGGUGCUGAAGCACGAUGCCGUGCAGUCGUACAGUGGCCAGCGAGAGGGAGGUCCUACGAUAAACGACCUGGCGGCCAGUAUGAAGUCGUUUAGUAUGAACGAUGGCUUCGAGGGGGAUGGCAUGACUGAAUCGCAACUUGGGACGUUCAAGACGUUCCAAACGUUCGCCUCGAAUUGGAGCGCCUGCAGUAACAUGAGUUUUAAGAAGCUACUUAAUAAUUUUCGUGCUGAUUCACAGCUGCAGAAGGAUAUGCUGGCGAUUUUGGCUGCCUUGACUGAGGUCAUUAAAGAGAAUGGGGGCACUCAAAGUAGUACGGAAUACUUUCUGGCCCUGAUGGAAACAAUUGAGGCAACCAAAGAGGAAAAGGAUACUGUUGCUGCCGUCUCGCUACUUGCAAUGGGUAUUAAAUCCGUUCCAGAAGCAGUGCUUCGAAAAAAGUUUUCUGAAUGUGGACAAAUUUUACUAAGCUUGCUUGAACGUUAUGCUGACUCCGAGAAUCAAAGUAUUGUCCGGUCCAUUGUUGGUUGCUUGUCGGUUGUUCUGCGAGCUCAAGAGUACUCUCAGUGGAAACAUUCAUCGACUUUGAAAUUUUUCGAUGCUAUCCUAGCUUUUGUAAUCCACACCAAGCCCAAAAUACGGAAGGCAGCACAGCACGCUGUGGUGGCCAUUAUUCAUGGGAGCUGCUUUAUGCUUCCUCCAAAAGUCGAGCCCAAAGAUGAAGCGGAUGAAAUGGAAGAAGAGCGAAUGCAAGAUACACCAAAACCGCUAGUUAAGUGGCACCCUAUAAGUGGCCGCGUGGCUAAAUUUUGCGUGGGACAAUUCAAACCUGAAAAUGUGGGAAAUCAUCAAACGAUUGUUCUGCACACAUUGGGUCUGCUGCACAACGCUUUACCUGGAUUUGCUAAGGAUGAUAUAAAACUGGUAGCUGAAAGCUUACUAUCGAUUAUGACGGCCACAAAUGUUCUGAUCCGAACGAACUGCUUUCAAACGUUCCAUUCGCUGUUUUCUUCUAAAACCGAAAAUUUACCUCCAGUGCUGGCAGGAAAAUUGAUAGCCGCGCUGUAUGAUUACAGACCGGAUAGAUCGGAUUCCAAGCAGAUCAUCGCUUGGUUAACGGUACUAAAGGAAGGCCAUCUGUUUUUGGCAAAAUAUAGUUUGACUAUGUGCAGUAGCGCAUUGCCAAGAUUUGUGGAUGUUUGCACUCGUGAUUUUUGGUCGUCGGAUAAAAUGGAAGUGGUUUCAGCUGCGUCCAACUCGCUGAAGGAUAUUCUUUACGAAUGCGUUCAAGCCUGCUGCGAGGAAGAUGAGGUGGAAAAACAUCGCGUCCCGAUAGAGCGAAUCCUGAAAUCUAUAACCGACGUUCUCAGUUCGGCCCCGUUUGGACAUGCUUCUAAUCAGGUGUUAAUUAUUUUAGCCAUCGCUUUCGACAUCACAGGGCGUCAUUUUGGUGAAAAACUUGCACCCGCACUGAAAUCAUUAGCCAAUAGAUAUGAUCCUAAGUCUUCCAGUCGAAUUCAGAUUGAACAUGCAGUUUUGCAAGCGAUCGGUUCAAUGGACACUGGGCUGGUUUUAGAAUGUAUUCCUUUGGCAGAUGAAGCGGGUAAAAUUGAUUUGGAUAAAACAUGGCUGCUGCCGUUGCUUCGCGAGGGCCUCAAUCAGUCUCGGUUGGAAAUAUUUAAUAGCGUUAUUCUCAAAUUAGCCUACCAAUGUUAUGUGCUUUGGAAUAAGUUUAAACAAUCCGAUAAUAAACAACAAGCGCACAUCUUCGAGCUGCUCUGCUGCCAACUGUGGGGUCUCUUCCCAGGUUUUUGUCGCCGUCCGAAGGAUGUUCAAAAUUUCCGGCUUAUCGCUAAAACACUUGGAACCGUGCUGAACGAAAAUCCUGACAUGCGAUCUCCAAUAUUGGAUGGGUUGAAGGAGCUGAUCUCCGGGUUGGAAUCGGACACGGACAAGGCGGAAGUGGGCAAAUAUGCGAAAAAUUUUCUACCCCGGCUGUUUAAUAUUUACACAACCAAACCGAAGGGCAGUUAUGAGAACGAAAUCCGCCAGGCGGCGUUCGAAGCUAUCAAAGCGUACUUGACUAUCACUCCCAAGCAAGUUCUAGAUGAAAUGCAUUCGGUGGCGCUGGAUCAACUAACCGCCAAAGCUCCGGGAACCUUCAUCUACGACAUGCUGUUCGAUGUGGUGGAACAGCUGUCACUGUAUCAGACGGCCGAUAAGUUGGAUGACAUCUAUCAGCGCUACAUAACGGUUAUCCUGCGCCGGGACAAAACACAGGACACGGUUGCCAAAACGAACGCGAACGUCCGUCGACAGAUGAAGAAAGCGUUCAAGUUGUUGCGCGAAAUUUUGGCCUCACCAAACGUCGGCUGUGUGGAGUUUGUCGAAUCCAAGCGGGGCAAUCUGGAGAAGCUGCUGCUUGGUACGCUGCACUCGACGUUCGAUGGCAUUCAAGCUCCAAGAUUGGCUUGCCUUAAGUUGCUCAUCGAAAAGAAUCCGGAGUUGAAGAUAGGCAGUAAAAUCAUCAUUCGAACGGUGUCGGAAGCAGUGGCAGUCUACAGCGUGGAAGCCGUUAAGCAAGAAAGCCUGGCCAAUGAUAUAAUUGAGAUGAUUGGGAACAUGUACAAUAACGAGGGUAAAAUGACCGAGUUCGAGAACAUCAUCAUAGCCGGUCUCGCCGGGGAUACAACUCUGAUAACCAACACGAUCUGGGUGCUGAAAAAUGUGCUGCAAACCUUUACCGGCUCUCUGACAGUGGAUUCGCUAAAGUUUAUGCUGGAGCAGGUUCUGACCAUUCUGAUUUGCCACAACCGAACCGAGGUGGAUGCCGCUUUGAACUUCCUUCUUCUCUACAUCAAAAUUCUACCUAUUCCGAUGGUGACCAACUAUUUGCCGAUAAUCAUGAAAUCACUUUCAUCGAUGGUUCCGGACACGAAACGACACUGUCGGCUGCUGGUUGGCUACACUCUGAAGCGGCUCUGCAAACGCUUCGGAGCGGAGGAAAUCGUCAAGCUGGUACCCGGCAACGACGAAGUCACACAUAAGCGAUUGAAGAAGAUUCGCAAGGAGUUGGCUCGAGCUAAGCGGAACAAGCUAGAGGAACAGAAAAAACAACAGCGUGGAGGAAGCGCAGGGGAUGACGAUGAAGACGAUGAGGAUGAUUUGGCGGGUCCACUAGAGAAAAAGAGCUUGACAAUCGACGACAUUUUGGCGGAUUCGGAUUCCGACUCAGACUCCGGAUUAGAAGACGAGCGAAAGGCUAGGAAGAAGCUGGCUACCUACAUUAAGGAAUCUCCGGAAAAUAUUGUUGAUUUGGCUGAUUUAGAUGCUAUCAGCAAAAUAACCACAUCCCAACCGAUGGAUCAAUCGGAGCCAAGCAGUUCGAAAGUCCAUAAGAAACGAGAAACCAAUCGAGGAUUCGCCACGGCACCCGAUGGCCGAUUGAUCAUCGAAGAUAUCGAGGACUAUUCCGACUCGGACGAGGAUCCCGACGAGAAUGUCGGCUACAGUGAUAAAGCAAAGAAGCGAGUGUACGACCAGGAGGACAGUGACAGCGGAGAGGACGGCGGCACGACUGAGGAAGCCGAUGGACCAUCAUCGCGCAAGCGAAAGGCAAUGGAAGCGAUGAGUGUACGGUCGGGCAUGAGCGGUGGCACUAAUCGGUAUGUGGCUGGUGGAAAGGGUAUUCACCGACCGGUGGCGGCUUCGGUGAAAUCCGGCCAGAGUGGCAAAACAGGUAAAUCGAGUAAAAGUACCAAGACGUACGGUACGACCGGUGCCGAGUACAAGUCCAAGAAGGCACAAGGCGACAUGCUGAAGAAGGGCAAGCACGAACCCUACGCGUACGUCCCCCUCAGCCGAAAUUCACUUAACAGAAGGAAGCGAGCCAAAAAUGCAGGCCAGUUCAAGAGUAUUGUGAAGGGAGCUCUAAAAGGAGCCCGCAAAGGGGCAGCGGCUGGGGCUAAAAAUCGAUUAUUAAAGGCAGGAACAAAGCGAAAAUAAAGCACUUUUCGUCACGUAAGUUUAUUCAAUUUAUUUCUCUUAAAUUGAGCGCACACACCCGGAAAAGUGCGAUAGAGGUAUAGAGGAGUAUCACGCAAACUGUGUAAUGUAAAUAUAUUAAAAAAAAAACAGUUAACUUGAAAAUCUUAA